AAACCCAAGCAGAAAUGGCUGAACAUCUACCUGAAGUCUCUGUGGAGCUACUGAAAACUGUAAGGAAUGUAACGACAGGACAACAGGAUGGAAGUUGGGUUGUAAUAGGAGUUGCUUCAGAGUGGUUCUACCCCAAGUGCCCAAAUUCUCUUCAAUCAGGCUACAAAACUUAGUAUUCUCCCUUCAUGGGUGCUGUCAUUCAUCCCUCUGUAUCCAGCCAGGCACCAAUCCGUGUGAAUUUUUCCUUCAAAACUAGCCUUGUCUUCUCUUCUCAGGCUCAACACCCUAGUCUAGGCCCAACUCACCUCAUUUUUGAAUAACUGCAGACCCCUCCUCCUUGUGAGCCCCUGGCUUAUUCAUCUUUGCAAACCCAGCACCCACAUAACUUUCUGGCAGGUGGCAGACAUUCAGUAAGGAACACUCUCAGCUGGGGGUGAGAAGAGAGGGUCACAAGCUUACCCCAUAUUACAGUUAAAUUAGAAUUCUCUCAAUAAUCUCAUUAAGGGGGGAGGUGCCUCACUUGUAGAGGUUCCCAAUUAGGUCCCAGCAGUUAUGUCGAUUGUUUGGAGGUGGGGUCGUGUGGUGGUGAAGCAGAAGUGGAGCUUCCCAGCUAGGCCUGGAGUAGAUCCCACAAGCCAAGCUCCCAACGGAGAGUUUUCUCCAUCCUCCCCCAACCCCAGGAAGGUAAUCAGGGAUAAUCAGCCUGAGCAGGAGGGUCUGUGAGUUUGUCUCAAGUCCACAAAGCAGUCAUUAGCUGAUUCCAGCCUCAUUUCUUUCCAGACUAUCCCCAGCUCUAACUUUCCUUAAAUACCAAGUUUCAACCAUCACUCUUCACACUGAAACCCUCAAUAGGUACCAAGUCUAAGCCUAAAUUGCACAGCUUAUCUUUUUUAAAACUGAACAUACCGCACCUACGCACCUGGCUUAUUUUCCAGGAACCUCCUCUUUUCCCACUACCUUCUCCUCUUUCCCACUGUGAAACUUCCACUCUCUUCUCCACCAACCCUGCUCUGUUCCUUACCGAGUUUCUCGCAGUCACACAAACAAGCGAUGCUGAUUACACCUUACCUCUUACCUUACCGUCUUCCUCCUCUCACUUUUGCCCACAAGACCUAUGUUUUCCAUAAUCUUCCAACACGGCCAUUACAGCUCAGUUUAGUACUAGUUUUGGACACUUUCCAUCUCACGUGUGUCAGCUGCCCCAGCACACCCACAUUUAAAUACGCAUCCAGGCGUUCCGCACCCAAAAGCAACGGAGGGGCACCCGAACACAGCCCGUCCUGAUUACUUGCUGAAUUUUAAUUUGGAAUUCUUGACACUCAGGUCGGUACCGUGACUCCCAAGUAUUCUUUAGUUGUUUGCUGUGUAUGUUUUGUGGUCCAUGCAAGUAUUCAAGGCGAUGUUUAUAAAUGGAUACAAGGGAGGAUAGGGAAAAUUACUUUUAAAAACCGCAUAAUCCAACAAUCUCUGUAAAGUGUUUAACACCUAAAAGCCACGAAAAAGUAUUUUGGCACCCCAAGCAAAGUGGGCCCUGUACAGUCCCCGCGUUACUGAACGUGCGCACAGCUGAGUCGCCCCAGGUGGGAGUAGUCCAUAUAAAGUAGGCCUCCGGAAAGUCCCGCCCACUCCGCGCCGGGCGUGGAGUAAGGCUUGACUCCACCCACUCCAAGAACGCAGCCCUGUGAUUGGCCAUGACGCAUCCUAGAGCUGCCCAAUUGCGUACGAGCAGCUACUCUCGCGUUUCUUUGUUUGCGGGAGGAACAUGGCGGAUCGGCUCACGCAGUUGCAGGACGCCGUGAACUCGCUUGCGGAUCAGUUUUGUAAUGCCAUUGGAGUGUUGCAGCAGUGUGGUCCUCCUGCCUCUUUUAGUAAUAUUCAGACAGCCAUUAACAAAGAUCAGCCAGCUAAUCCUACAGAAGUACCAUCUUUCUCUAGAAUAUGCCCAGCUUUUUGCAGCGUUGAUUGCACGAACAGCAAAAGACAUUGA